CCUUAGCUUUUCCCCUUUUCCCAUGUUUGUUUUCCAAGAAUGGAACCUGAACCUUCUUGCUUCUUUCAAUUUCUCCCUUUCUUAAUAAUCCUUUUCCUUUCUUCCUUGUUAUUGCUCUACUCAAUCAAACUUAAGAGAGGGUUGUGGUGCAACUGCGAGAUAUGCGAUGCGUAUCUCACUCUGAGUUGGUCCAAACAGUUCCACAACCUCUGUGACUGGUAUUCUCACCUCCUCAAAAACUCGCCGGGGAAAACCAUCCACAUACACGUCUUAGGCAACACCAUCACGGCCAACCCGGAUAACGUGGAGUACAUCUUGAAAACCAGAUUCGAGAAUUUCCCGAAGGGAAAGCAGUUUUCCAUGAUCCUUGGUGAUUUCCUUGGUCGCGGGAUAUUCAACGUCGACGGUGACCUCUGGAGGUUCCAGAAAAAGAUGGCCAGUCUGGAACUCGACCGGUUUUCCAUUAGAUCUUACGCGUUCGAGAUCAUCAACCAUGAGAUCAACCACAGGCUCGUGCCCUUAUUAUCCUCUGCCGGUGGUGAUAGAAUCUUGGAUUUACAAGAUAUCUUUAGGAGGUUUUCUUUUGAUACAAUUUGCCGAUUCUCAUUCGGGCUUGAUCCCGAGUGUUUGAAACUGUCUUUACCCAUAUCAGAAUUCGCGAUCGCCUUUGACAUGGCGUCGAAAUUGUCCGCUCAGCGAGCCAUGACUGCAUCUCCGCUGCUGUGGAAGAUCAAACGGUGGCUCAACAUAGGAUCGGAGAAGCAACUAAGAGAAUCAAUCAGGGUUGUAAAUGUUUUGGCUAGAGAAGUCAUAAGUCAAAGGCGAAAAAUGGGGCUUUUAUCCCAUGAAGAUCUGCUUUCCCGUUUCAUGAUUUCCUUGAACGACGAAACUUACCUCAGAGACAUCGUCGUUAGCUUCAUCUUAGCCGGACGGGAUACUGUCGCAUCGGCUUUAACAAGCUUGUUUUGGCUACUGCCGAAGUACCCGGACGUCGCGGUCGCAAUACGGGAAGAGGCAGGUCGAGUUCUAGGACCGAAUCAGGACAUCACAAGCUUUGACAAGAUAAAUGAACUUCAUUAUUUACAAGCAACAAUCUAUGAAAGCAUGAGGCUAUAUCCUCCGAUCCAAUUCGAUUCCAAGUUCUGCCAAGCUGACGGUACAUUACCAGACGGGACUGUUGUGAAGAAAGGAACUAGAGUUACUUACCAUCCUUAUGCCAUGGGUCGGAUGGAGGACAUAUGGGGUCCAGAUUGUUUGGAAUUUAAGCCGGAGAGGUGGUUGAGAGAUGGUGUUUUCAUCCCGGAGAACCCUUUUAAGUACCCUGUUUUCCAAGCUGGGAGCAGAAUGUGUUUGGGAAAGGAAAUGGCUCUAGUGGAGCUCAAAUGCGUGGCGGUUUCCCUCGUCCGCAGAUUCAACAUUGAAUUGGCGACACAUUACCCCAUGCCACGGUUCUCGGCGGGGCUAACCGCCACUUUUUGUGGUGGCCUCCCGGUUAAGGUACGGGAAGGGAAUCCUAAAUCAUAAAUAUAGUACAAAACAUAAGUACUAUGAUUUCAAAAUGUAAGGUGCAUGGAAUUAUUUAAUGGCAUUAUAUCGUCUAUAAGCAUAUCACCAAGUAGCAGGCGAGGGGAUGAAUUAAUAUCAUGGUUGAUUGGUUCAUGAUUUCAAUCUGGGGAAGCCGGUGGCGUUUAGUGGACUCUAAUAAUCCACGGUUAAAGUUUGAUUUGAUCUGUGUUGAUAGGACACCAGAUGUAAAAAAAUAGAUGAAGGGGUCACGCUGUAUUUUUUCCUUCCUAAACAGAUGGAUGGAUAUCCUUGAUCUUCAGCUGUUUAUCAAUUAGAUAAUUCUUACCCCAAAACGUCUAUUGUUUUUUGGGGGAUUUUUUGUAUCUUCAGAUGUUUGAGUGGAAUAUGAAUUAUCAAAUUUUAAUUUUCUCCUUGUCCUAUUUUGAUUAAAAGAAUCUUCUUUUU